UUCUAAGCCCUGGAACAAAAACGUGACUUUCUGCUUGCGGGACAAGUGCUUUUGCGCAACUGAAAUAACCAAGCUCUUACUUCGAUGUUCUUCCUCUCUUGCUCUUAUUUAUCUUAACUGUCAAGACAAUAUUCCAUGAUAGUUCAAUCGUUCAUAACUGAACCCUCCUACGUAUCAUGCAUUGCUAAUAAAAAUUUCGAAGAUUAAAUUAUAGGAAAGACUAGGCUAAUUGGUUACCGAGAUAAAUUAACAAAAUGGAUUAUUUUUACUGUUUAUUAACAUAUUUCAGAAUCAAGCACGCAAAGACUUCAAAACCAUCUUUGACAUGUUUAAAAAUCUUACUUACUUGAUUCUGUAAUUUAUUAGAAAAUAGCAGAAAUAACCGUUUUUGCCAACUUAACUUGAUAGUUAACUAUGAUAAAGUAUAAAUUAUUCAAGUUACAAGUACAUUUAUUGGGAAGAGCACACUUUGGAUCACUUUUGCAGGCGUAUAUAAUUUCGUUAAAUUUUAAUAGCAGGACAUUUUUCGCUGAACAGACACAGCUUGUGUUAGGAACCUGUGAUCCGCGAAACAUGGAUGAAUUUUUUUCCGUGUAUACCGAUCAAAACGUUAGUCCAUCCAGUUUGCCGAUAACACCCUUUCCAGCGCGGUCGCUUCUGUUAAUUUUAACCCUUAGUGUUAGUAUUGCGACUUCGGGUAACCGGAUACACACGCUGCUUUAACCCGUUUAGAGUCGGCCCGCAUUGAUAACAUCGAUCGCAUCUGUUCGGCAUAGUUUGCGAGGUGGUGAGGAUCCGACGGGAGUGCAGGGUGAAGGGGAGUUUAGGAAAAAAAACAUUUGCAUUAGCGCGCCGCUCGCCGCUCGCCGAACGCAAUAAAGUGACCAAAGAUAAACUAUCGAAUUGACCAAGUUGGAGAUAUUGCCUCGCAAUAACGUUCAGCCCGCAAAACGGCGUAUAUAUGUAUGUAUGUACGUACGUACGUGCUAUACGUGUAUGCUGCACCACGUCACCCUCCAUUUCCGGUCUGCUAUUUGUAAAUUCGCAUUGCAAAUAAAGUUACGAGCGCGCGAAAAGCUUCGCACGAAUCUCAUCAAUCAGUCCGAUCGAAAGUACCUCUGGGAUUAUGCACUCGUGUGUCUCCGUUUCGAAAAAGGACAAGUAUAUAAUAUGUAUAUAAUAUUUUCGCGUUUUCCUCUCGACAGCCUCUCUAACAUCCUCUUCAGUUAACCAAAGCAGAACAUUGUCAAUUAUCGACUAUAAAACUUUCAAAUUCAUAUUCGUCUUUAACGAGAAAUAGCUCCUUCCUCCUUUCCUUUUUUCAUAUUUUCUUAAAUUUAAAGAAAAAUUAUAUUUGAGAAUAAAUCAAUUUAAUUGAAUAACUUGGAUAACUGUUAUUUAAGUGAGGUUAAUAUUUGUUACUUAUGAAUAUAAUACUCUCAUUAUUAGUAAAGUUGUAAAAAUAUGUACCAAUAAUAAUUUAUAGUUAAAUUAAUUGGAACUUUUAUUUUGAUAAAAAUGCAUAUUCCCUCUCCCUCUUUUUUUCGAAUAAUGUUCAAACUCAGAUUGCUGUUACGAUGGAAUUCAGAGAUGAAAAGAGGCGACCGCAGUCGAAAAAGGAAAAAGAAUCCGAUGUACUACUUUAUCGCGGAAAUGUUGGCGACGGGAAAAAAACUGUUUUAUUCGAGAGGACCGGAAAAGGAAUGAUCUCGCUAUCGUCCAAUCGCGUAUGCAGUAGCAUCGCGAUAGAGGAUGGGAGCAGGCAGAAAAGGCGAGCAAAUCUGCUCCCGCGGAGCGACGGGAUAAAAGAGACGAUUUGCAAACUCGCCCUCGGAGUGGCACAUACGGAGCACCGAUUCCAGUCGGAAGGCAAACGCAAGCGCGAAGUUAUCGUUUAUAAAGAUUCAACCUGACAGAGAAAAAGGGAGCUGCGACAAACUUUAUGAAUUAUGGAGCUACCCCGCAUUGGGAAAAUAAUAGGCGCCGCGGUCCUUUCGAUUCCUUCGACUCGCGUGUGUGUCAACUGAACGUUUCUAAUCUGAAUCCUAUUUCAGAGAAGCACGAAAGGCUCGUAAUACCGGAUGACAAGUCCGGGACGAGCGUAGAUCGGGAUUAUAAUUCGUUCAAUUUUAAAUACAAAAUUGCUUUUUCAAAUAAUUUUUCUGGGUUACGAGCUCGAUCGUUCGACUAGCGCGGAGUGCGGGAAGAGCAACAAUAAAAAUCGAUAACGUCCAAUUCUGGCUUUACAUACUUUUUUUUAAAGGGUGGUCGCAUUGAUUCCCCUCUUCUUCAAUAUCUCAUUACCCUGAGAAUAUCACAUGGACAGAAUUGAUUGCCGUUGUCUGAUAAAUACGUCCAGUUACAGAAUAGAGUUUAACGAGACUUACUUAAGGUUUUCUGCAAGCUUAUCUCUAGAUAGCGACACACGUCGUUGCAUGACGAAACUGUUACGGAUAAUGGCGAACAAUUUGCAAUCUCUCGUCUGAUAAGAUGGUAAUCGUAACAGGAAAAAUGUACUUCAAGUACUCUUUUUGUUGUUGUACUUCCCGAGGGCUCGUAAGUAGCGACGGCAGAAUUAAUUUUUUCGGUAAUUAAAUUGUCGAUAAAAUUGACUUUUUUGUCUGGGUUUCAUGGUCAAUCGCUCUUUGAUCAAUAACAGUAUGUUUCAAUUGAUAUAUACGUAUUUUUUAUAUAAUAUAUGAUAGCAUUUAAUUAUUAUAAUAUAAUCACAUAUUCACACGUAUAUUUCUCUCGACUGUGACACGUAGAAUUAUCCUGAUACUUUCUUAAAUGGCAUCCAGUGCAGGUUUGGAAUUUUUAUGAUGCACCAUUGAUUCGAUUAUAUCAUUUUCUAGACAGAUACUACUAUAAAUAUGGAAAGUCACAUGUACGAUCGUUCAACUUUCUAUGAAAACGUCCAGGCUAAACCAGCUUGGCAAAUCUUCUUGGGCUCUCGUUAUCUAUUUGAUGACAUUAUUACCUUAUCGGAAUUUACAUAAACGCUACGAUACUUCACGGCGCGAAUAAAAGCUUUGGCAGAUGUUAUACCGCAUCCUUCUGAUACAGAUAGGCAGAUCCUUUCGUGCCUUAGUGUCGCGCUGAUUAUUGGGUGAAUAACUAACAUUAUUGCGCGUCGCGUUGUGCGACGAGAUAGAGAGGUGUGAUUAAAUUUAUUUGUGCUUAAAUGUAUUUGUUCGAGUGGGACAUAUCUUGAUAAUGACACUUUGAUAUUAUCUCGUUUCGUCGGAGAAUGUUAUAGCGGUGUAAUCGUAUUGAGGACGCUCAGACGAUCGUGAUCUCCCGGAGACAGAUCGAAGUCGUGCCACGUGAUAGUUGAAUCGAACUUUAGUGCAAUGACAAUGACGGAAUCUAGGAAAAUGUCAGAGGCAAAGAGGGUUUCCCUGGGCGUUGGCGAGGCUUUGCAGGAGCGUCCGUCGGACGAGCCGGAGCGUGGUAGCUGGUCUAAUCCGAUCGAGUUUGUUCUAUCCUGCAUCGGGUAUGCCGUUGGCAUCGGCAAUGUUUGGCGUUUCCCUUACCUCAUAUAUCGUAAUGGUGGCGGAGCAUUUUUGAUACCCUUUAUUCUCAUGUUGAUAACAAUGGGUCUGCCUAUCUUCUACCUGGAGCUUUGUUUGGGACAGUACGUCGCGCUUGGGCCCAUAAAGGCUUUCAGCCGUAUGGCACCAGCUUUUCACGGUGUGGGUUAUUCCACCCUGGUCGUAAUGGCACUGGUGCUUAUAUAUUACAUGGUGAUCGUUGCAUGGACUUUAUUUUAUAUUUUCGCGUCAUUUUCGCCGAAUCUCGCCUGGGCUUCCUGCAAUAACGAUUUCAACACAGUGAAUUGUUUCAGCGGCCUUGAGGACGCAAAGUGCAAGGAGAAAGAUCCAAAUUCCAUGUUCUAUAACAAUACUUGCAGGACUAUCCAGGAGAUCUGUAACGUCAGAUACUUAGGCAAUGAAACUGGUUGUUUUGAAGAUGACGGGUUCAAGCCGUUUACUCGCGUAUUGUCGUCCGAGGAGUACUACAGUAACUACGUUCUCGGUAUACGCGGUGCCACAUGGGAGAACUUUGGUGGCAUACGAUGGGAAUUGGUCGGAUGCCUCACCCUGGCCUGGGUGAUCUGCUGCCUCUGUUUGAUACGUGGAGUUCAGAGCGUUGGCAAAAUUGUCUACUUCACUGCGCUCUUCCCUUAUGUUAUCCUUAUAGCGCUGCUGAUACGAGGUGUUACGUUAGGCGAUGGCGCAGCCGAAGGGAUUUUUUGGUACAUCACCCCGGACUGGUCGACGCUGACGAACGCGAAGGUCUGGGGAGACGCGGCCUCCCAGAUUUUUUAUUCCCUCGGCAUCAGCUGCGGUUCUCUAAUCACUCUCUCGAGUUACAGCAAGUUCAAUAACAAUUGCCACAGGGACGCAGUGUUCGUUAGCAUCACAAAUCUAUUCACGUCCGUUUUCGCCGGCUUCGUGAUAUUCUCGAUAAUUGGAUUUUUGGCCCAGCAAGUACAUAUGCCAAUUAAGGACGUGGUCAAGAACGGCCCUGGAUUAGCUUUCAUCGCUUACCCGGAAGCGGUGGUGCGAAUGCCGCUACCCAAUCUCUGGGCCAUCCUGUUCUUCUUCAUGCUCUUUAUUCUCGGUCUUGGUAGUCAGUUCGCAGGCGUGCAAGCGAUAAAUACCGCUAUACUGGACAAAUGGCCGAAUUUGCGAAAGCGCGAGAGUUUCGUGAUCAUUGGUAUAUGCGCUGCCUGCUGGUUACUGGGGAUUCCGAUGGUGUUCGACGGAGGUAUCUACUUGUUUACACUGAUGGACUGGAACACCGCCUCCUGGGCAAUCCUGUUAAUCGGAGUCGCUGAGGUUUGCGAGGUCGCUUGGUGCUACGGCUGCUAUAGAUUUUUAGAUAACGUCGCCGAUAUGGGAAUGCGUUUCGGCAGUAUCCUCCGCGGCUACUGGUGGUUCAGUUGGGUCGUCUUAGCGCCUCUCACUUGUCUGAGUAUCUUUGUAUAUCAAACGAGUACCUACACUGUAGCUACGUACGGCUCAUAUAAAUUCCCCCAAUGGGCGGACGCUAUUGGAAUACUGAUCGGAUUGUCGACUUUGGCGCCGAUGCCAAUCUUCUUCGUUGUAAAGCUAUGGCAAACGAAGGAUUAUCGAAGCUUGUUCCGACCUUCGCCACUAUGGGGACCGACUACAGAACGGAAUGCGCCGGAUAACGACAGCGUCAGCACGGCGGUGGUUAAUCCGGCAUACGAUGAUUCUUUAGAUAAAUUUUAGACUCCACUUUGGACAUAUCCGAUCCAAGGAAGGCAUUCGGCCGAUCAGGCGCAAGGAUAUACUCGCAUGUGGUUUUAAUGUCUUCUUGAAACUAAUGACACACACACCAUAAUAGAGUGCGGGUGUGCGCGUAUGAAUUGAGUUAAAAAAAUAUUCUUACGUCAUUGUUGUCUUGAUCUGUGCGUUGCGUGCGUUUGUAUGACAAUUGUUGAAUAUAAUAUUGACUAGAAUUAUUGUAAUUAAAUUAGAAUUAUUGUAAUUAAACGCUCAUUAAACGCUCAUUAAAUGUUAUUAUAAUUA